UUGAGUUCGAGGCUGCCGCGGGGGUUGGGAGGCGGAGGGGGGGGGAGGACGACGACGAGUAACACUCACACAACCCAACAAACGGACUAACGGCUGCCUUUAUCCUCCAUCUUCUCCUUCUUCUUCCUCCUCCUGACCGUCUUGCCGCUUCCCGCUCCCGGCCUCACCGACGACACCCGAUGCCGCAGAGGAGACCGUGGACGGGACUAGCUACAUGUGGACGCUGAAAGGAAGCGAGUUGACUUGAUGAGUUUCGCGCGUACUUCAGGCCGAGGUCUCCUUGUGAUGAGGUCAUGUGGUCACAUGGGUUCUCACCGAGGUCUCAGUCCGUCCUCCGAGAGCCGAGCGGCCGUAACGCAACACCACAUUUAAUGGUUUACUCAAUGGAAAGAUCCAUGUUGGGCCUCGGGGUGAAGCGCAGGCGGGACGAGGAUGACGACGCCCCGGAGGAAGCGCGGCGUCCCGCGCCGGCCGGCGCCAUGUCCCACGCGUCCUUCACGCUGCAGCGGCAGACCGUCCUCAACGUGUCCCUCGUGAAGCUGUACGGCCCCCGGAGGGGCGGCGGCCUCGGCCUGCGGCGCCGCGUCCUCAUCAACAACGUCGUCCGCCGCAUCCACGACGACUUCAGGCAGGAGGGGGGCGUCGGCGCCCUCUUCUUCUCGGCCGCGCCGCCAGCCGCCGCGUCCUCCGCCGCCGCCGCCGUCUGCGAGGACGAAGGCUACCGACAGGCUCCGCCUCCCCCCGCCUCCUUCAGCAUCCUGUCGUCGCCGCUCACGGCGCUGGACUCCUGCCUGACUCCCGCCUCGCUGCUGGAGGAGGACCUGCCCAUGUUCUUCACCCUGCCGCCGCCGCCCUCCCCCACCGCCACCCAGCACCGCCCCAACCACUCCCCGAGGCCGCCGCCCUCGCCGUCGCCCAAAGACAGCUUCUCCUCGGCGCUGGAGGAGAUCGAGGAGCUCUGCCCCUCCUCCUCCUCCUCCUCCGGCCCGCCGUCUCCACCUCUUGCCCAGUUUGAUGUGGUCGUGAAGGAGGAGGAGCGCGGCUUCCAGGAGGUGGAGAGCAGGUUGGAGAAGCCUCUCCCUCCUCCUCCUCCUCCUCCUCCUCCUCCUCCUCCCUCCCCGGGCUCCUUCCUGACGGACUUCGCUCUGGACGACGUCCUCUUCACAGACAUUGACACGUCCAUGUACGACCUCGGGCCCUGCCCGCCUCCGCCGGGCACGCCGCCGUCCAAGAUGGCUCCCGGCGGGAUGGCGGACGACCUGGUGCGGUCCAUGUCGAUGUCGGGUUACGGGGGGGCGGGGGGCGGCGCCCAGAGCCCGCCUUUUAAAAUGGACCUGGCCGAGCUGGACCACAUCAUGGAGGUGCUGGUGGGCAGCUGAGAGGAACUUUUUAUGACUUUUCUUCAUUCAUGUACAGUUUCACAGCUUCACUCACUGGAGGAUCCAAGGUGGGAGGGGGGUGAGGAGAGGGGGGGGGAGUGCUGGCUCACAGCGUUUACAGCGUUUAGCAGCUUUACCACUGAGUGAACGUAUUAGAAGCUUUGGUGACCUCUGGUGACCUCUGGUGACUUGUGGCGUGAAGCAGCGUCCUUUUUUUUUCUUUUUUAUUUUAACCGCCGUCCGAGAAAUUGUAAGAAAGGAGACGAGUCGUUUCUGCAUGUCUCUGAGAAUGAAAACGUCUCCUCAGCGUUCGUGAAAACAAACCGAUCCUGUGCCUUUUUUUUAAAAAAACCUCGAUCUACUCGUCUAGUUCAAUAACCUUCAAUUCUUCAUUUAAAACCAUUUCAACACGCAGCUCAUCCGGCGAAAUAGAUUCCAGUGUGAAAGUCUUUUUAAAAAGCAACAAACGCGUCAAUGGAAGCUUCUUUCUUUCUUUAGUUGGAUUUGAAAAGAUGUCAAAAACAAUUUGUAGCUUUUAGAAGCACGAAGAGGAGAAAAUCUCAUUGGUUGAGUUCAUUUCUGAGCUAAACUAGCAGGUCAACAAUCUGCCAAUGAAUAUUAAAACAAACCUUUAGUAGAUAGAUACUAAUAACGUUAGACAUUUCGACAUAGAGCUAAAAAAAAUGCAAAUUUGCCUUCAGUCUAACGUGUUUUUGGUCACAUUCGACUCAACCAAAGCAGCAGCUCCUGCUUUAAGCCCUGAAGCUGUGAGGUUUAUUUAUUAUCUCUCGGCUGUGUGAGUAUUUAUUGUGACUCCUGACACUAAUAUUUAGUUUGUACACAACAUCUAUUCUUUAAAAGGAUAAAUCCAAACAAAAGCCGACUUCUCAAUGGACUCAAGAGGCAGUUUUGGUGGAGAAUCUCCCCUCAAAUGUACCGUCAUUUAAUAAAUGAUUUGGUUUUUAAUUUUUUUUAAUACUAUGUAAAAUAUACUUUAGGAUUUGAGCAGAGUUAUAUGUGAAUGAACACUGGGCCUUAUUUUCUUUCGGAAUGUUUUGUUUGUCGUAGACGGAUCAAUCGGGUCCUGAUGUGUGAGGAUUAAAGCUGAAUCCAGAUGUGAGUCUUUUUAAAAACACCUGUGUCUCCACCUGCUGGACAGAUGAUGUAACAGCAGGUUGUCACCAGUAGGACCUGGUAUGUAACCAGUAUGGUUGUUUUUAUACAUGAUAUUGUUUUUAUUCUACAUCUAUUCUACAAGUAUUCAUAGUCUCUUUUUUACUAAUUCAACCCAUUGUUGUUAUUUUUGUUUUUUUAGGAUCUUCCUGCAGCUGUUUCACGCCACUAAUUACAAAGUGUUUAAACUAUUUUUAUUGAGCCUCGACCUGCUGUGAAUCACAAUGUAAUAAAGACGGUGACUUGCAGAUGGAUAAAAGGUUUAUUACUAUUUGUAUCAUGAGCAUCCAAAAUACCUUUUUACUGUCAAAUCAGACGAUUACACUCAAACUAAAUUCUUGUUCUUUCUCUCCAGAAUGAAAGGAAAUGUUGAUUCUCAUCACACCAAAUGUUAUUUUUGUCCUAAUUAUUUCUGUCGGUUUGAAGCACUUCUGUGGCUAAAGGAGCUUUUUAUGUUUUUGACUGGACAUUAACAGAAGGGGAGGAGUUAGAGGUCACAUGACUCUGUGCCUUGUCCUAUGCAAUAUGACAUUUCCCUUCUGAGAAUUAUCUAUGAAUGUUAGUAAUUUUAUUUUCUACAUUAAAUGAGGAUUCUCCUA